AUGGAUUACAAUCCGUUUAUGCAGUCAUCAAACUUUUUUAGACUACUUAAUAGCCAACAAAGUAUUUCCUUUGGUUCAUCUCAAGUUCCAACUCCAGUCUCGGAGGAUGUUGGUGAGCGUCGGGAACGAAGGAAGUGGACGCCCAGUGAUGAUAUUCUGCUGAUCAGCUCGUGGCUCAACACGAGCAACGAUCCAAUUGUUGGCAACGAGCAAAGGUCAUACACAUUCUGGAUGAGAAUUGCAGCGUACUAUGCCGCUAGUCAGAAGGUUGUUGUCUGCGAAGAGAGAGAGGCUGGUCACUGUAAACAACGUUGGCAUAGGAUCAACGACUUGGUCUGCAAAUUUUGUGGCUCGUACGAAGCUGCUAAAAGAGAGAAGAGUAGCGGAUGCAAUGAGAAUGAUGUGCUCAAAAAAACACAUGAAAUAUUCUACAAUAACUAUAACAAGAAAUUUACCCUCGAGCACGCUUGGAAAGAGCUGAGGAACGACCAGAAGUGGAGUGACAAAUCUUCUGCAAAAAACGAGGGAAACUCUAGCAAAAGGAAGGGUGAUGAUGGUGGAGAAACAUCAAACUCUCAAGGUGCUGAACCCAAGCGUCCCGCGGGUGUUAAGGCCUCAAAGGCCUCUGGGAAGAAGAAUAUGGUGGAGGAGAAAGCGCUUAAAGAGUUUGAAAGUAUGUGGGCUAUUAAACAACAGGACUUGGCCGCCAAGGAUAAGUUGUCGAGGAUGAGACUACUUGAAUCUCUGCUUGCAAAAAAAGAACCUUUAGCCGAGUAUGAAGAAGCCUUAAAGAAGAAGAUCAUCAGUCAGGACAGUGUGAAAAGAUGGAGCAAUGGGAGUGGAAUAAUCACGGAGUCUCUGUGGUCUUGCGGUCUUGUCAUCUUGUGUCACGGAGCUUUCAUAGUCACGGUGUGA